UACGAGGUCGGGCACCGAGCCGAGUUGGAAGGAAAAGGCGCUUCAUCUGCGGGUGGCAGCACGGAGGAAGCUACGGAAGCUACGAAAACCCUAAUCGAAAUUCAAAAGGAGGCAUUACAAUGGCGAGACCAGAAAAGGAGGACGACAAUGGCUGGUCGUACCAACGAACCCCCCUCAAAAAAACAGGAAAAAAUUGCUCUAACAGGCUCAGCAGAAACACUAAGGUUAACGGCCAAUAUCGGGGCUUAUUGGGCAUUUAUGAAGCGCCUUGCCCCGAAGAUCCGUCAGUGGCAUAGGGAUGCAUACUGCGGUUCUAUAUUUCAGCACUACAUUUUGUUUGGGGCUCCUGCGGCUGAUCGGCCCACCCUUGAGCUGCUGCUGAGCUUUUUCGAUAGAGAUAAUAACACCUUUUGUAUACCUGAUUGUUUUCAGCGAAAGUUGUUAUCGUCUUUAAGGAGGCUUAAAUACUCCCCCUAUGGUCAUCAUGGACAAGGCUCUGAGCAUUAUCCAAAGCAGAUUACGAUCCAGAGAGCCUUGAGUUUUGGUGAAUUGAGCAAAGAGAGAGUCUUUCUUCUUUCACAAAACAUCCUCAAUGAGCUUUUGCCAUUCCUAGAGAUCUCAAGCUAA